GAAAUAUUGGGUCUCAAUACUUACCUUGAACAAGAAGCAAGAAUAACAACUGGUAUCCAUAGUACGUAUGGCGACUCGAGAGGCUGCGCAGUGGCCUGUUUGACCUAUUGAAGGCUUGAAGCGUUUGCUGAUUUCUCGGAGCUCUAGAUGCGAAGUUUUCGGGUCAUGCACUACUUGCAGAAUGUUUUUAUUGUGUCUUCGCUCUUUCCGUGGCAGAUUAUAGGAUACGUUGGAACCAGAAUGAUAUGUCAAGCUUUAAGGAUCAUCUAUCAAGUUACCCUGAGAACAUUAGACAAUUUUUAAACUUAUCGACCGAGUUUAACGAACUUCGUGCUGCUCUAACACCAUUCGAAAAUGAAAAAGUCACAUCCAUAAAAAUCGGCUCCGCAUUGGCCAGAAGCUACUCAUGGUUUCAUGUGACAUCCGCAUUGUACCCAGCCAUAGUAUGCAAUUCGUUGCGCAUCACAACUUGAAGGUUGCCUUGCAUCGCACCCGUAAUGUGUCGCCCUACUAGGAAGGAAGUCUGUCAAAUUAGCCUUGACACCCGUCAAAUCAGCCAGAUAUACAUACGAUGGUGCUGGUCUUCAAAAAUGCUAUAAAAGACUCCACCGAUACGCAGAAACAGACUCAGCAAUCCUUCACACUCUACUCUCUCUGACCAUACAACACAAUGAAGCUCGCCGCAGUUGUCUCCAUCGCUACUUUCCUUGCCUUUGCUCUCGCCUCUCCCUUGGAGGAGCGGAGUGGAACCCCUCUUACACAGGCUCAAGCAGAAGCUCGCUUGAAACCUGAGGGCAUUACCGCCUCCUCUUCUGGCGGAUGUACCUCUAAAAGUAACAAAAGUUGCACAUCCUACGAUGGAAUCCUCUCCGGCACCGUCGAUGGGGUCAUCACCUUGAAGCAUGCCUCUGGCGUCAGUUCCCUGGUAAUCACCGGCGGAACAGAAGUCGGCCACGCAAGUGGCACCAACUCCCAUGCCACUGGACAUAAGGUCGACGUUAAGCAUCAGACCGGGCUCGAUAAUUACAUCCACUCCGCUUUCACGAAAAUCGCUGACAGGUCUGACGGUUUUCCGCAAUGGCGAGCUGCGAGUGGCAACCUCUACUGCGAUGAGGGGACCCAUUGGGAUAUCACUUUCCUCUAAAUAUCUAC